GGAUGGAAACGCUGAAGGACGGAGAGAGAAGUAGGGAAGUAGACAGAGAGAGACGGAGGGAUGAGGACGGAGCGAGACGGAGGGAUGAAGACGAAGAGAGACGGAGGGAUGAAGAUGGAGGACAGAAGAGGAGAGCUGAGGAAGACAAAGACCCACCCAACAAGAAACUUCAGACGUUGGACCACGGUGUGAAGGUGGCGAGUCACUACAACAGGCUGCAGGAAGUCGGUCUGGCAGCGAGAAGUCGAAGCAGAAUCUUCUUCAUGAGAAACUUCAACAACUGGCUGAAGAGCGUCCUCAUCGGUGAAAUCCUGGAGCAGGUGCGGGGGGCGGGGACUCAGCAGGUGUCUGUGUUGGACCUUGGCUGUGGGAAAGGAGGAGACCUGCUGAAGUGGAGGAGAGGAGGAAUCAGCCACCUCGUCUGUGCAGAUAUCGCCAGUGUGUCGGUGGAGCAGUGUCAGAGUCGCUACAAUGACAUGAAGAAGAAAAGUCACGCACACGAGAAAAUCUUCAGCGCUCAGUUCAUCAACGCAGACUGUACCAAGGAGGUUUUGGCAGAGAAGCUGGCCGACCCCAAACAUAUGUUUGACAUCUGCAGCUGCCAGUUUGUUUACCAUUACUCGUUUGAGAGCGAGCAGAAGGCCGACAUGAUGCUAAGAAAUGCCUGCGAGCGCCUGAAACCCGGGGGCUUCUUCAUCGGGACAACGCCGGACGCCUUCGAACUUGUUAAGCGUCUGGAGGCGUCUGACUCCCUGUCCUUUGGUAACGAGGUUUUCAAGGUGUCCUUCCAGUCCAAAGGCUUCUACCCUCUGUUUGGAUGUCAGUAUCACUUCAGCCUGGAGGACGUUGUUAACGUCCCAGAGUCCCUCGUCUACUUCCCUCUGUUUGAACACAUGGCGAAGCGUUACAACAUGCGUCUGGUGUUGAAACAGCGAUUCUCUGACUUCUUUGAAGAGAAAGUGAAGAAGGAUCUUCAUCGCAGCCUCAUGAUGAAGAUGAUGGCUCUGGAGCCUUUUCCCGGCGAGGACGGCGGUUGCCAGGCAACAGACAGCACGGCUGAGUACAGUCAUGCUAAAGAGCACAGCGGCAGGGCCGGAGUCAAACUACCACUGGGAACUCUGAGCAGAUCUGAGUGGGAAGCAGCCAGUAUCUACUUGGUGUUCGUCUUUCAGAAGAUGUCCUGAUGUUGAACCUGAACUCUCCUUCUACAAUUGUACAAUGUUAACUUUUCUUUUCAUUUUUUGAUAAAGUCUGAACUGUGUUGGAUUGUCAGAAUAAAUAAAAGCUAAAUGUAA